GACAAAGCUAAUAAAGACCUACUAGCAGCCGGAGAUCGUACACGUGCUAAGUGCCAAUUUUUUAAUAUAAAAUUAAUUAAUAAUAGUGGACAAGAGAGGAUAAAGCUAGAGUGUACACUUGCUAAGUGCUUAAUUUUUUCUUUGAUAAGGUGUAUCGUUUUGCUUAUUUUAAUCAGACUAAACAAUGGCAAGGCAAUACGUAAUUGACAAUUUUACGUGUGAUGAAGAGAUAAGUCACUGGGUAGUUGAUGAUGAUUGUAUUGAGUUAUGUGGUUAUGUAGACGAAGUAGUAGGUAUGAAAAAGGUGGUCGUCGGAAGAGCCUUCAAUGACAGGAUUAUCAAUCUUCUGUCAGUCAUUGUUAAUAAUGGUGGCAACAGUCGAAUCUGCGUUCUGUUUUGGGGAGACACAGCUACCCAACUUUUUGGUAACUUAUCUGAACGAUCCAUCAUUACUAUCAAACGUGCAAAGGCGCAAAAACGGAAUUCUCAGUUUCACGACCCAGAAGAUGGUGUGGGACCCAUUGAAUUAUCAACAACGCAAGUAUCUACUGUUGUUAUUGAAAACUUUUUAUUUCACCCUCUAAAAGUUCCCAUUCCACCACAACAUCAAGGAAAUUCCUGUUUAGUUCAACGAAGAAGCGAAGACCUACUUCAGGAUUAAAAUCAACUGCCGUUGAUUAACUGCUGGCAGAAAUAUUUGCUUUUUUAUUUGUCAGUUUGAUUAAAUUCUCGAUUCAGUUUUUUUUUUUUAAAGAAGACUUAGUUUUCUGUAUUUUAAUAUAUUUUUUUUUUAUUAUAUCUAUCAUUAGUUGUGAUACUUAUCGCAGUGUUAGUCAGUAAAUACAAAGACUAUUACAUGUUACCGGUGUUAUGUCCGAAAAAUAUGAUCUUGGGAUUCGGUAGCUGGACUAUCGGAGGUUCGGAUAACAGAUGAAUUUCCUUAACGAAAGUAUCGUUAAGUUUUAUUUUAUGGGUUCGCGAAGGUGAAAACCCCGGAGAGGGCCCUUGAUUAAGACAAUCGACCUCGGAAAUAAUAAUAAUAACCUCCACUUACUAUUGCGAAUCUUGACUCCAACGAUGAUUCUUUCUUUGAUUGGACUUUAUCUUCCGUUGCUUGGCCGCUUCCUUCCUCCUGUUGGACUGGAGGUUAAAGGUUGAAGGUUGAAGGGCUUCUUAAUUUAUGAAUGAUGGUACACUUUGAUUCAAGUUUUUAGGUUUAUAUUCAGAUUAAAAGCCCUAUGGGCAAACACGUCUUAAUUUACACUAUUCACUUAUUAACUAAUAACAAUAUAAAAACAAGGUUGAAAGUUAAUAUGAGUUCGUAACCGGAGUAACGACUCCGGCAAACAAAAGUUCGCCGAUUAUAAUUCACAAAAGGAAAAGAUGAUUUGAGAGUGGGACCAGGUCACCGGAACUGCGGGAAUCUCGAUUAUCGUAAACACGAAUCGUGGCUCGAAGAAUCACAAUCACAGAACUCGGAAAUACCGUUAAGGAACUCGAAAUUGGAAAUAAAGGAAAAGUGACUAAUUAAUUUAAUAAUUGAAGUCUGCCUACACGUGUCGGGGUGUAGGACUCACCCGGGCUCUAAGGCAGAACUGUUACCUUGUAAA